GAAAACAGCUGUUAGUACUGUUACUUUCUCAAAAUCAUUAUCAAGAGAUUAAAUAAGUGAUUAUUUAUAAAUAUCAAUGUAUGUACAUUGUCUUCCUCAACUCUUAACUUAGGUCACAAGUGACUAUUAUUAUCAAGCAAAAGAGCGAAUGUUGGCUCUCGCUUAGUUCCAGAGAUUGUCUCAUAACAUUUGCGCUGCUUGCUGCUCCCAACACAAAGUUUUGUGCGCACAAAACUUAAGUAUAUUAAUUGAAUUCAACAUUGAAUUGACGCAACAUAUAUUAAUUAGAUCAUUGAAAGAUGAAUUUAGUUAGUUCAUUUCGUGUUAUCGCUGGUAUAGCAUAUCAAAAAAUGGCAUUAUCUUCAAGCGCAUCCGAAAAUUAUGACUUUGUUAGGAAAGGUAGAAAAAUUCUUGGUGCAGCACUUAAUUAUAUGGAUAUUGUACGCUCCCGAAACGUUGCGGUGCCAGCAGAACCACUUUUAUUCCUUAAACCAACAACAUCCUACAUAACCGAAGGCAAUCCAAUUGUUAUUCCCAAAGUGUUUACAAAAGUCGCACAUGAGGUUGAGUUAGGCGUCAUAAUUGGAAAACAAUGUAAAAAUGUCAAAAAAGAAGAAGCGUUCAACUACAUAAGUGGUUAUUGCCUAGCACUUGAUAUGACUGCGCAAUGUAAUUUAGGAUUAGCACGACAAAAUGGUCAUCCAUGGAGCUUAGGUAAAGGUUUUGACACUUCAACUCCUGUUUCAGGAUUUAUAUCUGCGAACGACAUCAAAAAUCCUCAUAAGGUUUCACUAUGGUUAAAAGUGAAUGGACAGCUACGUCAGCAAGGCAAUACUGAAGAUCUAAUUUUUAAAGUAGACGAUCUUAUAGCUUACUCUUCAAAGUAUAUGACGCUUGAACCAAACGAUCUUAUUCUCACCGGCACACCAGACGGUGCGUUGCCUGUAAAAGCUGGUGACGUAAUUGAGGCUGGUAUUGGUGAUAACUUAAGGAUUAUGUUUGAGGUUAAAGACGAAGUUUAGAAAUCACGUUAUCGCUAGUAAGAAAUUUAUAACCAAAUCUAUACAAAAAACAUAACAACAUACACUCUAAUUUAAAGGAAUAUAUUUGAUUAGCUUAUCA